CAUCAUUCCUGGUCUUAACAUCCAUCCUGAUCCUCAUCCUAACACUCACCAAUAUCGAUCAACUUCAAAUCACUUUAUCAUCUAUCAAUUUAUCUCAACCUCAUCAUCAUGAACCCCUCAAGUUACAUUCAAUUAGAAAAGCUCGGUGAAGGUACUUAUGCUACAGUUCACAAGGGUCGCUCUCGGAUCACAAACGAAAUCGUAGCCCUCAAAGAGAUUCAUCUGGAUGCAGAAGAAGGAACACCCUCUACGGCGAUCCGAGAGAUUAGCUUAAUGAAAGAACUCAAACAUCCUAACAUCGUUCGACUCUAUGACGUAAUUCAUACUGAAACUAAGCUUAUGUUGGUGUUUGAGUUUAUGGACCUCGAUCUCAAGAAAUAUAUGGACGCGCACGGUGACCGGGGUGCAUUGGAAAGCCAUGUGGUCAGAAGCUUCAUGUAUCAACUUUUGAAAGGAACUGCAUUUUGUCAUGAGAACAGAGUGUUGCAUCGUGACUUGAAGCCUCAGAAUUUGCUCAUCAACAAGCGCGGUGAAUUGAAAUUGGCCGAUUUCGGAUUAGCAAGAGCAUUUGGAAUUCCAGUCAACACCUUCUCCAACGAAGUUGUCACACUUUGGUAUCGGGCUCCCGAUGUACUUUUAGGGAGUCGGACAUACAGCACCAGUAUAGAUGUCUGGAGUGCAGGUUGCAUCAUGGCUGAAAUGAUCAGCGGUGUUCCCCUUUUCAGGGGUCGAGACAACAACGAUCAGCUCACUCAAAUUCUACGUGUCCUCGGUACCCCUGAUGAUACCACUCUACGAAGGAUCCAAGCAGAAUCACCCGAGAUUCAAUUACGCCCCUUUCCAAGAGUAGCAAGAAUCUCGUUUCAGUCUCUAUAUCCAAAAUGUCAUCCAUUUGCCACUGACCUUCUCGAGCGUCUCUUGAAGUUUGACCCGUCUCAGCGGCUGUCUUGCGAAGAUGCGCUCAACCACCAAUAUUUCCAGUCAGAUGCUCGUAUCGCUGCACAACAAACUACUAAUCAAGCUCAACAAAGACAGCAACAACAAGAUCAACAAGCUCUUGCCCAACAGCAAUACCAACAGGCUCAACAACAACAAUACAUGGAAGCUCAGAUCCAAGCUCAACAAUAUGCGGCCCAAAUGGCUGUUCAGCAGGGUAGUGGUGGUUCUUAUAAUUAUCAGUAACGAUCCUCUAAUCUUUUCUUCUCUGUUCUAUCUUUGAUCGAUUACCUUUUACAUCCUACACCAUGUAUCUUUACGUAAGUCUAGUGAGGAGGUAAGGCAGUUGUACUUCCUUUUCGAGCUUUCUUUACUCUUCAUCUUAAGUUGUUCUAUGAAGAAAUCGUCAAUCUAUAUAUAAACAUGGCAUGGACUUGUAAUGAUUGAGUUUUAAUUUGUAUUAAUUGGUAGCCCUGUAAUUUCUGUGUUUCAAGUCUUGUUCAUCUUUGUGUUAGUUUUUUGGGGAAGGUUUGUAAAGAAUCAAAGUAGAAGUUUGUCAAUUUC